GAAAUGUUGACUCCGGUGUGAUAUAAACAACUUCCUAUACACUUUAUUUUUUCAAAAGAAUUUGGUAGAUGUUUUAGAAUGUAGGCCAACUUUUUGUAAACUUGGCAACGUGGUUAUUCUCAAAAAUCAUUAUUUUGGAAAUUAGGGUUUAAUAUUUAUAUUAGUUUUAGUAGUUUCAAUUCAAUUAACGAGAGCUGGUGCCUUUUUUAAUCUACUGUGAUAUUAAUUUUAAGUUUUUGCCAAAGAUGUUCCGAAGAAAUAAAAAGGAGAAUAAAGCGAAACUCGAACAUAAACUUUAUUUAGCGAGAGAAAAUCCAGAACCAAUAUUCGACGUGUCCGAUUGCGGUAUACGUGAAGUGCCAUCGGGAAUUUAUUCUCUAUGUAAGGUGUUUUUAAAGCAAUCUUUACAUCUCGAGCACAACCACCUGUCCUCACUGUCGGGUGGUGGUAACCUGAAAGACUUGUGCUUUUUACAAGUCUUGGAUUUACACGACAAUGCUUUUGUACACAUUCCAUUAGAAAUAGGACACUUAGUUAAUUUAUUGGAAUUAUAUUUAAACGACAAUCAAAUUAAAAUGUUACCGGCUUCCGUUUGUGAAUUAAAGAAAUUGAAACUGUUAGACUUGUCUAAUAAUGCGUUGAAAGAACUGCCCCCAAAUUUCGGCAAUUUGCUCAAUUUGCGUAAAUUGAACGUUUUGGGAAACAAGAGUUUGAAACAGUUACCAAAAAGUCUAUGUUCCUGUAAAAGACUAAGUGAAAUAUUAGUUGACUCUUCACAUUUUGUUUAUCCUCCAGCCGAUGUGUGUGAAGAUGGGGCUGAGUCGAUAAUGAAGCACAUUUGCAAAGAUAAUGGCAUAGAAUAUGUACCACCAGAUGCUUUAUGUGAAGGUCAAGAUGUUGAAGAGAAAGACACUGUGGAUGCAUAUGAAGAUAGUUUCAAGGCUAAAAUAUGGAAGCUUGAAAAAAUUAAGGAACAAAGACUACAAGAUUUUUUAGAAAUAGAAAAACAAAAUGAACUGCUACAUAAACAAGAAUUUGAAGUGGCAGUCGCCAUGAAAGCCAAUCGCGAAAAGCUGUUGACGGAUAUUUCGCAACAACAGGCGAAACUGGACUCGAAAUUGGCAAAAGUGCAACAGUUGCGGGACACUGAAAGAUUUCGAUUAAUCGAACAGCUUCAGGAAUAUGAGCACAACGCUGAUUUUGCGAUAAGUCAACUGCUGGCGAUCAACAAAGAACCGCUAACGCAGCUCUUGGAGCAGGAAAGAUUGGAGGAGGAGCGUUUGUUGGCGGCCACCGCGAACCAGUACAACGAGAAUCUUCACAAACAAGACGUGCUCAUGGCAAUGCAAGAGCUUCUAGAGCAGGAAACGCUCAAGUUUACGGAAUACAGUGAAAGCCGGUUUGAGACCGCGAAAAGUAUUUUACAACAAGAAACUCUGACCGACUCUCACCUAUUGGACGUGCUGCAAAACCAAGGUCUUCAUAAGGCGGAGUUAAUUUUGCAACUUCAGGGUGAUGUCGAUUUGCAAAAAGCGGCUGUUGGCGCCCUGCUCGAGAGGAGCGACGCUCGAAGUUGGGGGCUUGUCCAGCAAGUGCGAAUGGUCGAGUCACAAUUAGCGGCGUUGACCAGUAUCGAGUUGAAAAGGCGCAAAUUAAAGUUAGACGAACAUGUGAACGAUCUCGAUGUUAAACGAGUAGAGCUGUCGAUGAUGCUAAUGUCCUUACUUCAACUUCAAGCCGAAAGACGUUCUCAGCUCUUAUCCACUUUAAAAACAAUGGAAGAAAGGCGGAGCGUGGAAGAUUUUUGGCUGUGUCAGUACCAAACUUUACUGAACAGAAUUCCAACUUCUAUAUCAGAGGCGCAGAGAAACAUUGAUCCUAGGUUGGGCUCCUGCCUACUUAUGUGUGGGGCGUUGCAUUGUUUGCCAUUUUUAGCCUACAUAACGCAAACUGAAGGUGAUGUAUCAAAUAUAAUGGAAGAGGAUCUGGAAAAGGCGGGCGUCACCAACGACAACGACCGAAGAAAUAUUUUGGAAGCCUUCCACCUCUACAUGAAGGAGCAAGCAUCCUCAUCCUAUGUCAACACGGCGCCUUCCGCUCCGUUACUGGAGUCGCAAGACUCCGCAAGUGGGUUAACGGUAACCGCAAGCGAAAAUGAGUGUGUGGUUUGCAUGGACACCACUUGCGAUAUUAUUUUUGUACCAUGUGGACAUCUGUGUUGUUGCGUCAACUGCUCCAAUCCAUUGGAAGAUUGUCCCAUGUGCAGAAUAACGAUCGAACGCAAAAUUAAAGUGUACACCAAUUGAUCAUAUGGCGGAUGACAACAUUGUCAGAGUAUUUCGGUUCUUCCCUAUUUUUAGGCUUGCGCAGCAAUAAAUGCCUCAUGUUAAAAAUGAUAUGCCUUCUUUAAAUACUCGGUCCGUUACUGCUUUCAUGAGAGUUUUACUAUGAAAUGAUGUGCAAUAAAUUCGAUUUGAGCGCUUUACACAUUAAGCACUGUUUGACACAUUAUACACUUUUUAUAAAUCUAUGUGAGUUACCAAUUAUUGAAAUGUAACUGUUGCUGCAGUACAGCGUGGUUAAAAAGUCAAUACUAUCAAUGCGGGUUCUAUUCACUUUCACCAUGUGCUUCAAUUUGAUACUCGGCUGCAUGGUAAAAAAAACUGCAGCAAAAAUGUUUUGCUGACGGCCAAUUUACCCAAUAUUUUCUUUGAUACUUUAGUUUUCUAAAAUCGGGUCAGAUACAAAUUGAAGUACAAAUGAUAAAGUUCUUAAAAUACCUAUAAUAAAAAGACAAACCGUCUUGGAAUAAAUCAUCUCUUCAAUUAUUAAAUGUGAAAAUAUGAGAUUUAGUUACAGUCGAGGUUAUAGUUUCACGUAAAUUUUUCCAAGCACAAUAGUUUCAUUUAAAAUGGGUAUGUACCUAAUGUGAUGAAAUUUCUAUCUAAAUUGACACUUUUUUUUCUUUCAUGAACAUUCCAAAUCACUUUCUGUAAUGUGAAAGUAGCUCAAUUUACAUUGAAAAAACCUUUAAAAAAUUGAAGAGUUCUUUUAUGGGAGACACAUACAUAUAUUUAAAUUAUAUUUCAAAUUUCAUGUAAUUUUUGUAGCGUAGCAAUGUGCCAUGGUUUCGGAUUUUAAAUGUUUUCUCAUUAUUGAAAAUAAAAUAAAUUUAUUACUCUGAUUAA